AUGUCACACCAUACAGAGGCUUUGAAUGAUCUCCAGCCACCUCUUCUCCCUCCAGACGACCAUGAACUGCCACUCGAGUGGCUCUCCGUCGACCAAAUGUUAACCAAAUAUUGCGGCGAGUUUGGGUUCUGGCAGCUCAAACAUUUCAUUCUUACGUGUACAGCUUGGGCUCUCCAAGCCUUCCACACCAUGGUUAUGAUCUUCGCCGAUUGUGAACAGGAUUGGACAUGCGAACCAGGUUCUGGAUGUGUAUGGGACGCCGACAAGAGCGUUUGUGGGCUUGACCCAGGUUCAUGGCGUUGGGACGAUGGUGAAGGGUGGUCCACGGUGGCUGAGUGGGGUCUGGUUUGUGGAGAAAAAUACAAGGUUGGGUUGGUUCAAGCUCUGUUCUUCGCCGGCUGCAUGAUAGGUGCCGGAAUAUUCGGUCAUCUAUCGGAUUCAAAACUGGGAAGAAAAGGGUCGCUGACGAUCGUAUGCAGUUUGAGCUUUGUUUUCGGUCUACUAACAUCCAUCUCCCCCAACUACUGGACCUACGUCCUCCUCCGUGUACUCACCGGAUUCAGCACUGGCGGAGUUGGACUCUGCGCUUUUGUUCUAGCCACCGAACCAGUAGGUCUCACCAAGCGUGGUAUUGCCGGAAUGUCCACCUUCUAUUUCUUCUCAAUCGGAAUAGACCUUCUCUCCGGCAUAGCUUACAUAUUCCGAUACUCAUGGCGUUCCCUCUACAUCGCCUCCUCCAUACCCUCCAUCCUCUACAUCGUUUUCAUUCUCCCUUUCAUCUCCGAAUCCCCUCGUUGGUGCCUUAUUCAAGGGAAAACCGAUCAAGCCAUGAAGAUAAUGCAUAGUAUAGCCAAAUCCAAUGGGAAACACCUCCCCAAAAAUGUCUACAUUGCCCUGAACGAGGAAGGCAGUGAUCAUGCUCAUGAUAACAAUGAUCAUGAUCACGAUCAUGACCAUGACACAGUUUCAAAUACUAUCAGAAAUGAAACCAAAGAAACUGUGGUGGUCAGGGGAUCAGUGAUAGACGUGAUCAGGUCACCAUUAACAAGAAAACGAUUGUUUCUUGUGAUGGGAGUCGACUUCACAUGCUCAAUCGUGUACUAUGGACUAAAUUUAAACGUGGUGAAUCUAAAAACGAAUCUCUAUCUAGCUGUGUUACUAAAUGCUAUUGUGGAGAUGCCAGCGUAUCUAUUGACUGCGAUUUUGAUUGAUAGAUUUGGGAGGAAGCCGCUUGGGAUUGGAACACAGUGGUUCAGUGGGGUGUUCUGUAUUAUCGGGGGGAUAUUGGGAAGCCAAGGGAUAUGGAAGGAGGUUACAAUGUUGUGUGGAGUUUUGGGAAUAUUUGGGAUGGCAGGGACUUUUAAUUUGAUGUUUAUAUACGCAAUGGAGUUGUUUCCAACUGUUGUGAGAAACGUCGCGCUUGGAUGUGGGACCCAGAUGAUUCAGUUAGGUGCGAUAUUGGUGCCUUUUGUGGUGGUUGUUGGUGGUAGUUUUCCGUUUAUGGUGUUUGGGGCAUGUGGGAUUGUGGGAGGGAUUCUUGUAUUAUACUUGCCGGAGACAUUGAACAAGCCCUUGUAUGACACCAUGAAUUAG